AUGACGUCUCGAGCCAAUCUCAUCGCCCGCACCGUCAUAAGCCAGUUCGAUAAGCUCCCCUCCAAAAGGAAGCCUUGUGUUCGCGACAAUGGCCUCCACGAAUGGGUGCCCCUGAGCGGCAUAGUCGCCGAGAAGGAUGGAAUCUUGACUUGCCUAGCAUUAGCGACGGGCAUGAAGUGUCUUCCGGCAUCGAAGCUGGGCGAUGCAAACGGCGUGGCUAUUCAUGACUGGCAUGCUGAAAUUUUGGCCAUUCGCACGUUCAAUCGGUUCUUGCUGGACGAAUGCCAGAGUCUCAUUGACGGCAGCCGUAAUGAUCCUGAAACUAUCCUCCAGCAGAGCGACUCAUUAGAUGUCGAUAGGGAAAGCGGGCAGUACGCGAGACCCUUUGGAGUGAAACAUGACGUUAAGCUUCACAUGUACUGUUCAGAGGCACCAUGCGGAGAUGCCAGCAUGGAGCUCAUCAUGGCUGCUCAGGAAGACGCAUCGCCAUGGGAACUUCCCGCUGCCACACCAGACAGUACACAGUCCACCAUCUCAGAAUCAGAAUCGGCUCUUCCGGGACGUGCUUACUUCUCACAACUGGGAAUUGUUCGUCGCAAGCCAGCCCGCGGGGACGCUCCGCCUACGCUGUCAAAAUCGUGCUCAGACAAGAUAGCUCUAAAGCAGUGCACUUCGUUGCUCUCGUCUUUAGUAUCGCUACUGGUUAAUCCUCCCAACGCUUACAUCGAUACACUUGUUCUCCCAGAGUCGCAGUUCUCUGCAGCUGCCUGUGAGCGAGCCUUUUCCGCCGUGGGCAGAAUGAAACCCGUUGCUGGCAAGCAGUGGGCUGAGGGGUACGCUUUUAGACCAUUCAAGGUCGAAGCCACGACUGUAGAGUUUGAGUUCUCCAAAAGGGCGGUCCAGGCUCGCUCCAAGGUCAUCUCGGCAAGCAACCUUGCUGCUACGUGGUCGGCCUCGGGCUUUGAAGAGACGAUUCUGGGGGGCGUGCUUCAGGGGAGGAAGCAGUUUGACAUUAGAGGCGCCAGCAAGACGUCCAGGAGGCAGAUGUGGAUCAAGUCAAAGCAGCUCUCCGACGACCUCUCUACUUCUAAUGCCGGACGUCAUAGAGGGGUUCAGGAGCAUUUCUCAUCGGCCAGCAGCUAUCAGGAUAUCAAGGACGGGCCAUUGCUAGCCGAGCGGAGGCAGGUCAAAGCUCAAGUUCGGCAACUUGCUCUCAAGGGCUGGGUUCAGAACGAAGGAGACUCGGGAUUUGGGAUGUAG